AUGGCUUCUAAUGUGGGAUCAUUAGAAGAGAAAAACGGCGGUUACAUCAGCUCGCCGCCUGAUUCGGGCAACACUUCUAAAAUGUUGACCAAAGGGAUACCUGAGCAAGACGAUGAGCUGGCUCUUGAUGAUCAACAUCCUAAGACGAAAACGGCUGACAUGAACACAAAGCGGGAGGAUCGACAGGGAAAUCAAAAGUUUGGUGUUCGCGUUCGCGAGCAUUGGUGGCAGUUCUGGCGAUUCAAAAAUCCGCCCCCACCCCCGCCCGAGAGUAUCGAUGAUGCGCAAGAGCUGCCGUUGGGGCGCACGAAUAUUUUCUCUGAUUAUACAUAUCACUGGGUUGCGCCAAUGCUCUCUUUGGGAUACCGUCGUCCGUUGGAGGCUACAGAUCUGUGGGCUAUGGACGGACCUCGUCAAGCUAAACACUUGAGCUCGAGGCUUGUCGAUCGCUGGGAUGCCCGUGUCGCAAAAGCUGAUGAGUACAACCGCAAGUUUGACGAAGGCAAGGUCAAAGUGACUUCUUCCAUGCGUCGUAAAUGGCGCAAUCAGGCCAAGAAGGAACACGCGCAAAAUCUUGGUGGCGAGGCGUCUGUUGAAGAGCGAAUCGCCGCCAAAGAGGCCAUCUGGUUUUUGCCAGACCUGUCCGUCAUGAAACAGAUUGACAUAACGCCUGAGAUUCGUCGCAAGAAGGCCCUCGCGGGUACGGUCAAGAGCGGACGCAAGCGUGCGAAUCUGUUUCUGGCCUGUGUUGACAUUUUCUGGCCGCAUAUCAUAGAAGCGUUCUGCGCCAAGAUCCUUGCUGAUGUGGCGCAGAUGUGCUCAGCGCUGGUGAUGGAGCAUCUUAUCGGAGCAGUGCGUGAUGGUGAUACUGGUUUGGGAUGCGGUUACACUGUUGUUAUGUUUGUCAUGCUAUUAAUUGGAAACGUUCUCUCCAACCGGUUCUUCUAUAAGAGCUUGUAUGUCGGUGUGUUUUGCCGAGCAGCUCUUGUGUCUGGUAUUUUCCGGCGCGCACUUAACAUGCAGGGUCGGGAUCGUUCGACAGGCAAGCUUGUGAACCAUGUCAGCACUGAUGUCAGUCGCAUUGACUUUGGUGCGCAGUGGUGGCUUCUUACCUUUACCGCACCCGUUGAGAUUAUUGUUUGUUUGAUUAUUCUUCUUACCCGUUUCGGUGUGUCGUGCCUUUCUGGCUUUGCGCUGAUUGUCGUGGUGAUGCCAUUCCAACUUUAUUUCAUGAAGUUCUUAUUCAUGCUGCGCGCAAAGUCGAUGCAGUGGACGGACCGCCGUGCUCGUCGUACGCAGGAGAUGCUUUCAGGCAUGCGCAUCGUAAAGCUGUUCUCGUAUGAGUCGAACUUCUUCAAGCUGAUUUCGACUUUGCGCAAGCAUGAACUGAAGUAUGUGUUUUUUCUCGCCGUGGCUCGCGCCGGGCUUAUGGCAACGGCUAUUAGCUUGCCUCUUCUCGCUGGUGUGCUUGCAGUGAUUACGUACUAUUUCAAGAACGACAAGCUCGACCCAGAGAAGGUCUUCCCUGCCAUCACUUUGUUCCAGCUGUUGCGUCUUCCGCUCAUGUUCUUACCAUUCGGUAUCAGUGUUAUCGCAGAUGGUGCAAAUUCGUUCAUUCGAUUGCGUGACGUGUUCUAUGCUGAGCAACACGAUACAACGCUGACGUCAGACGAGACGUCGCCCUAUGGUUUGAAUAUCGAUAACGCCACUUUUGUGUGGGAAGGUGUCGAGGAAGAUGACACACUCAAGCCGGUGAAAAAGCUGAAUGAGAAGAGCAACUCGAAAAAGAAAAUGAAACAGAAGCGUAUGUGGGCAUUCCUGCGCCGGAACCGCAAGGACAAGUCCAAGGGCGCCAAGGGCCCGAAGAAGUUGAACAUUUUCUCUCGUAAAAAGAAGGGCACCUCGGGCGGCCAAGAGCCUGUCUCGCAAGAAGUGCCAGUUGCCGCAGAAAAAGAUGCGCAGCCGGGCAAGGCCGCCGACGAGGACGAAAUGCCAUUUCAACUGCAAAAUAUCGACCUCAAGGUAAAGCGUGGAGAGCUAUGUGCGAUUAUUGGUCCUGUCGGGUCGGGCAAGUCUUCUCUGCUUCUCGGUGCGAUUGGCGAAAUGGCGCGUUCGAGCGGCCAAGUCGUUUGGUCAUCACAGCGCGUUGCAUACUGCUCGCAGUCUGCAUGGAUCCAGAACGCGACGGUUCGCGAAAACAUUUUGUUUGGCCAGCCAUGGGAUGCUAAACGUUAUUGGGACUGUGUGGAGCGAUCGGAGCUGUUCGCUGACUUUGCAAUGUUGCAGGGCGGUGACAUGACAGAAAUUGGCGAGCGCGGCGUGACCUUGUCUGGUGGUCAGAAGCAGCGGAUCAACAUAGCGCGUGCACUUUACUUCAAUGCUGAUGUGGUGUGUCUGGACGACCCACUGUCUGCUGUCGAUGCGCAUGUUGGAAAGGCCCUAUUUAACAAUGCGAUCUUGCCGAUGAAGAAGCAGGGAAAGACGGUGCUUCUUGUCACACAUGCCAUUCAGCACCUGCCUUUGUGUGACCGCAUCGUGUUGAUGGACGACGGUCGGAUUGAGGAAAUGGGCACGUACGAGGAGCUUAUGCAGAAGGGCGGCUCAUUCUACACGACGAUGUACAACUUUGGCAUGCUGAAAGAUGAGGACGAAGAAGACGCUGAUGAACUCGCCGCGGAGACAGAAGAUGCAAAGGCACCGCCGAAAAAGUACACGUUGGCCGAGCUGAGCAAGCCGGGUGCCGGGAAGACCAUGGAGAGUGAAGAACGUAAUACUGGUUCUGUUGACAGUGUGGUCUGGGUGUCGUAUUUGAAAGCAGGAAGUGGUACGCUGAUUGUACCAAUUGUGCUUGCUGCCGGCGCUUGCAUGCAAGCAUCGACGAACCUAUCGAGCUACUGGGUUGUAUGGUGGCAAAAGUGGCACUAUGAGCACAGGAAAUCGAUCGGGAUGGAAGCGGGCAUUUAUGCAACUUUAGGUAUCAUUCAACUGAUUUUCAACUUUAUCAUGGACGUUGCGCUUGGGUUGCUAACAUUCCUUGCGUCUCGAAAGCUGCACGAUCGUGCGAUGAAGCGCGUCGUGUUCUCGCCCAUGUCGUGGUUCGACACAACACCCAUUGGCCGUAUUAUCAAUCGAUUCGGCAAGGAUAUUGACGUGCUCGACAAUCAGCUGAGUAAUUUGGUCCGCCAAUGUGCCUCAACGGUUCUGUCGAUUCUGGGUGCUGCCAUUAUGGUCAUUGUCUUUACGUACUACUUCGCGAUUGUUGUCGUCGCAGUGUUUGUGUUCGCGUACUUCUUUGCGACGUUCUAUCGAUCGUCCGCGCGUGAAUUCAAACGGGUGGAUGCCUUAUUGCGCUCGACACUGUACUCACACUUUGCCGAGUCGCUCACGGGUCUGACGACCAUCCGUGCAUACCGUGAAUCUGACCGCUUCUUGCACGACAACUACAAAUACAUGGACUUGCAGAACCGAGCGUACUUCCUCACGAUUGUCAACCAACGCUGGCUCGGUCUGCGUCUCGACUUUCUCGGCUCAUUGUGUGUGCUAAUUACUGGUAUUCUAUGUUCUGUGCGUGUAGGGUCCAUUGAUCCAGGCAAGACCGGUGUGUCGCUCUCGCAAGUCGUCACUGUCGCGCAGACGCUUGGUUUCUUAACGCGGCAACUGACAGAAUUGGAGAACGAAAUGAACUCGGCGGAGCGUCUCGUAUACUACGCAAACAAUCUCGAUCAGGAACCUCCGCAGCAGAUACCUGAAAACAAGCCUGAACCGGCAUGGCCAGCGCAUGGCAGCGUUGAACUGGACAAUGUGUGGCUCCGUUACAGGGAGAACCUGCCGAAUGUGCUCAAAGGUGUCACAUUCUCCGUGCAUGGCGGCCAGAAGGUCGGCAUUGUUGGCCGUACUGGUGCUGGCAAGAGUUCCAUCUUGACUGUGCUGUUGCGGCUCUCGGAGGCGACGCAAGGUCGCGUCCUGAUUGAUGGCGUUGACGUGUCCAAGAUCGGUCUCGAGGAUCUGCGUCGCAACAUUGCGAUUCUGCCGCAGGAUCCUCUCCUGUUCAGCGGUACGCUCCGGUCGAAUUUGGAUCCCUUUGAGCGCUUCGAUGAUGCACGACUCUACGAUGCUAUGCACCGUUCAUACCUGACAUCCGCAGCCAACGCUAGUCAGCCGCCCACUGGCGCAGUUACACCUGUUGUGGGUGAAGAUGGCCAGCCAUUGCCGUCCGCAACGCAAGGCGAGGCAACUGUGCCAGCCCAGCCGAAAGCGCUCACGCGUCUCACACUUGACUCCAUCAUUGAUGAGGAAGGUGCAAAUUUGUCUGUGGGCCAACGCAGCUUGGUCUCGUUAGCGCGCGCCCUUGUGAAAGAUUGCAAGAUUAUUCUUCUCGAUGAGGCCACAGCGUCUGUGGACUUGGAGACGGAUGCAAAGAUUCAGCGCACGAUCCGCACCGAGUUUGCAGAUCGAACACUUUUGUGUAUCGCGCAUCGCCUUACCACUAUUAUUGGUUACGAUAAAAUUAUUGUUAUGGAUGAUGGCAAAGUGGCAGAGUUCGCAUGCGCCACUUGCUCUGUUUGA